GACAGGGUUUUACCGUGUUAGCCAGCUGGUCUCAAUCUCCUGACCUCCUAAUCUGCCCAUCUUGGCCUCCUAAAGUGCUGCGAUUAUAGGUGUGAGCCACUGCACUUGGCUAUGUGUAUUCAUUCAUUCAUUCAUUUACUCAUUCAUGCAACACAUAUUUACAGAGAACCUCCUUAAAUGUGUCAGGCACUAUUCCUGGAAGUUGAGAUACAAAAUAGAACACAGAUCCCUGGCCUCCUGAGUCUUGUGUUCUAAUAUGAAGAGAAAUAUGAUGAAGAUUAAUAAGUAGAAUAAUUCAUCCAUUACAUUAGAAGUAUUCAAAAGAAAAGAAGGAAAUAUGAAAUAUCAAGAAUAGGAAACAUCAUGAUUUAAAAUAUGGUGACCAGUAGAGGACUGACUGAAGAGCUGAAUGUCUGAGACAGACGAAGGAAGUGUUCUAAAGCAGAGGAAAUAGAGACUGCAAAGACUAUGAGGUUGGGAGCUUGUGAAGAGCUUUCUGGGAAUACAAAGCUGAGUAACCAGUCUGUGGGGUCAAACAGGUAAUGAGGGGAGGAUUUUAAAGCCAUUAUAAGGACUUGGUUUUUACUUUGUGUUGGGAAGCCAUAGGAGACUUUGAGCAAAAGAGUGGUAUGAUUUUACUGCUUUUUAAAUAGAUUUAUUUUGGCUUCUGUAUUGAGAAUAGACUCAAAGAAAAGACUAGUUCUUGGUCUACCGUAAUAUUAUAAUUCAAAAAAGAGAUGAUGUAGAUUGUAGUGGAGGUGGUAAGUAGUUGGAUUCUGGAUAUACUUUGAAGGAAGAGCCAAUAGAUUAUAUACCACAUGCAUAUGAGCCAUAAAUGAAAGGAAUUAAAUAUGGGUUUGAACAAGAAAAGAUGCAGCCAUUUUCUUAAAUACAAAGACCCUGGGUAUGAGUGAGAAACAGUUGUAGUUGACAUCUUACUGUCUGUGCCUGGAUUCAAAUCUCAGCUGUGUGCUUCUUUCUGUAAAAUGAGAAUAACAAUAGUGCCUACCUCAUAGUUUAUUAGGAGAAUUAAAUGGGUAUAUAUAAAUAAAGCACAACACCUGGCACAUAGCUAAUUAAUAAUAGCAUUAUUUCUUCAAGUUGGAAUCUUUGGGUACAUUAUCAAAUUUUAGCUAUUCUGUGUUCAUGGGCUGUGUAGGAUAGAGGGAUAAAACUGAGUGGCUAAUAAGAAGAUGAAGAUAGAAAACUAAGCUUAAAGGACAUACACUUCAAUAUUUCUAUAUGUACAGAACUUGUAAGAAAAGCAGUUUUGCAUACAUGAGCAAGCAUCACUGAACUAGAUGGCACCUUUCAAGAGACUGGUUUACAUAUUGAGAUAUGAGAAUGAGAACCCUGAAAUAAACUGAUUCAGAGGAAUAACAGAAAACAUAUAAAUUUCUAUACAUAUAAGGUCGCUGAAAACUUCCCAUCCUGAAUGAAACAUUUAAUGAAAUCCCAAAACGCAACACUAUUGCAAAUAAGACACUGUCAUAAAAUUUUGAAAUACAUACGCUUUUAAAGACAAAAGGCCUGCUCUUCCACCCUCUUCAUUUUCCUACAAAUUAGGAAAAUUUAAUCAGUUCUGAAAAAGGAAAUGUACAUGCGAAAAUGGUGAAUACUGCUAGAGUUCUGAUGUUUUAAACCACAGGCUUGCGAUCAAAAUAACCUCUUUAAUUUUAGAUUCUCAUGCAGAUUAAUUUCUUUCUCCAGUUUUUCAAGCACUAUUCUGUUUUUUUUUUUUUAAAAAAGGAGGGGUUCAAAGGGAAAGUAAUAUCCAUGCUUUUCCCGAUUAAAUUGCUCAACCAUUAAAAAGGUGAAUAAAUUAGAAAGCCCUAGAAUACUCUACCCCCUCGGUCCGCCCCCCACCACCCUUUUUUAUUUCUUGAAAGGGAAAAGCAGUUCUUUUGCCAGGGGAUCUUCAAGCCGAAACUCGGCUAGGCACCCCAGGGCUUCUCCCGGAUCGCAAAACUGGAUUUCUGCGCAGCACCACCUGCAGUUCCUACACGCGUUUUACUUCCUCCACCCCAAAUCUGCUUGCUGGAGCUGCAUUCUUUCAGAGCCUCUGGCCCCUAAUACAAACAAAGUACACUCUAAAGCAGCCAGAAGGAUCCAAGCAGCGAAGUCGCGGAUCCCCACAGGCAGGAGAGUGCAGGCAGGCAGCGGCGCGAAACCGGGACGGAACGAAGAGACGCCGGAGCGAGCCCGCGGGUGCGCGGCGCGGCUUCCGCCCCGCGCGGCCCCGCCCCCGCGACGCGCCGGGUGGUCACGUGAGGGCCGCGCGCGUCCCCGGCCGCUGCGGGCUCAGAGGCCGGAGAGAAAAAGACUGCGAGGUGUCCGCUGCUGUGGCCAGAGAGGUGGCAGUCGGAGCGAGGCCCUGUCGGGGGAGCAGGGAGAACUCCGGCCACUCCAGGACCCUCACUGGGGGAGAGGAAGCAUAGCUCGCGGUGUCACCUUCAGCCGCGACGUACUCCGGGUCGGCCUUGCGCUCGGGGCCUGAGAGGGGCGGCGGCGGGGUCAGGGGCCGCACAAAGAAUGAACCAGCAGUGGAAGAGAAAAUACUGCAAGCUGGCUGACUGCUAGUGAAGAAGAUGCUUUAUUUUUGUGGCAGGCAUCUGUGGGAUCUGUAAUAGAAAUGAUGGCUGGCUGUGGUGAAAUUGAUCAUUCAAUAAACAUGCUUCCUACAAACAGGAAAGCGAACGAGUCCUGUUCUAAUACUGCACCUUCUUUAACCGUCCCUGAAUGUGCCAUUUGUCUGCAAACAUGUGUUCAUCCAGUCAGUCUGCCCUGUAAGCAUGUUUUCUGCUAUCUGUGUGUAAAAGGAGCUUCAUGGCUUGGAAAGCGAUGUGCUCUUUGUCGACAAGAAAUUCCCGAGGAUUUCCUUGACAAGCCAACCUUGUUGUCACCAGAAGAACUCAAGGCAGCAAGCAGAGGAAAUGGUGAAUAUGCAUGGUAUUAUGAAGGAAGAAAUGGGUGGUGGCAGUACGAUGAGCGCACUAGUAGAGAGCUGGAAGAUGCUUUUUCCAAAGGUAAAAAGAACACUGAAAUGUUAAUUGCUGGGUUUCUGUAUGUCGCUGAUCUUGAAAAUAUGGUUCAAUAUAGGAGAAAUGAACAUGGACGUCGCAGGAAGAUUAAGCGAGAUAUAAUAGAUAUACCAAAGAAGGGAGUGGCCGGACUUAGGCUAGACUGUGAUGCUAAUACUGUUAACCUAGCAAGAGAGAGCUCUGCCGAUGGAGCGGACAGUGUAUCAGCACAGAGUGGAGCUUCUGUUCAGCCCCUAGUGUCUUCUGUAAGGCCCCUAACGUCAGUAGAUGGUCAGUUAACAAGCCCUGCAACACCAUCCCCUGAUGCAAGCACUUCUCUGGAAGACUCUUUUGCUCAUUUACAACUCAGUGGAGACAACAUAGCUGAAAGGAGUCAUAGGGGAGAAGGAGAAGAAGAUCAUGAAUCCCCAUCUUCAGGCAGGGUACCAGCACCAGACACCUCCAUUGAAGAAACUGAAUCAGAUGCCAGUAGUGAUAGUGAGGAUGUAUCUGCGGUUGUUGCACAGCACUCCUUGACCCAACAGAGACUUUUGGUUUCUAAUGCAAACCAGACAGUACCUGAUCGAUCAGAUCGAUCGGGAACUGAUCGAUCAGUAGCAGGGGGUGGAACAGUGAGUGUCAGUGUCAGAUCUAGAAGGCCUGAUGGACAGUGCACAGCAACUGAAGUUUAAAUAAAAAUGUCUUCAGCUCCAUGCUCAAGGUUGAAAGGGUUACCUGUAAAUUUCUGCCCACAUAACAUUAUACUUAUCCCUAGUAGUGCAUUUUGGGAGUUGGGGUGGGAAGGGGUAUGGGAAGGAUAGACCCGUAAUUAAAAUGUCUAACACGUCUCUGUUGAGAAAUUUAUUUAAUGUAAGGAACUUCGGUGUUAAUAGUUGAGAGCCAUUUAGUAAUAACCCAGUUUUCUUGAGGUCUGUUUAUUUUAUAGUUUUUAAAAACUUCUUUAGUUCUUUUGGCCAGUGUGUUUGUAUUAUCUGUGCAUUAAUGGUCCUCAUCUGACUCUUGCAUUGUGUCUUAUUUUUCUGCAUGGAUUGGCAUAAGACCAUUACUAAAAUUUGGCACCUGUAAGAUGUUUGAUAUCAUAAGCAGGAAGCGUAAUUUAAUGUAAGAAUAGAUGUGAAUUUGGGAUUUUAAAAUAGAUGAAUAACAACUAUUUUAUAGUAAAGUUAUUGAAAUGGAGAUGAAAACAGCCAGUAACUUAAUGUUUCAGAAUCUUGGUAACACACUUCAUGGCGUUCCCAUGGGCUUUGCUGUCUAGUCUUAUAAUUUGAGGUUUUUUUGGUCUGCAGUUUUCUUUUUGAUUACAAAAUUUAUAAUUUAAUAAAUACUAGAGUUUAUCAAAAA